AUGGAUGAUUCAGUGACUGACGUUUAUAUCUAUCUCGUCGAAGACUAUGGGUACGUUUGUCGGUAUAAUAGGGAGAUCAAGAAGAGAGGCCGCCUGCCAGCCUCUACUUCGGUCAGGUUCCAAUCCGAGUCACAACGCCCAGUACCUCCAACAGGCACUCCCGACGAUGGACGGGCGUCUCAAUCCUCACCGCCAUCAGCAUCACCUGCCGGUGAAUCGGCGGUUGCGGACAGGCAGCCUCUAUCUUUAUCCUCUCAAGCGGAUCAACGUGGUGGCUCUCCCGCGAGCAAUAUCCCGCCUAUCGUCGAUGGCCGGCUAGUCAGCCAUGCAGAGAGCGUAAUCUCACACGGCAAUGAGUCCCCUGAAAGAAGACGACGUGUAUCUACGUCUAUGUCCGUUACUUCACUUAUUCAACCAGGUUCACACAAAAAUGCUACGUCCGAUUCUCGAGCGUUCCGACCCCGGGCAGGUUCAUUGUCGGCGGCAUUCUCAGACAAUCACGUUGCAGACUCGGAAGCACUCAUAUCAGAUGAUAGUGUCGGGUAUCCAUCCCCAGCAAAUCUCGGUAGACCGCACGAAUACCGAAGAACUCAAGACCAUCGUGAUUCAUUUAGAUCUGCCGCUAGUAACGGCGACAGUACUCGAGAGUCUUUCAGCACUGCUACGGUACCCAAUAGCUUGUCGCCCGACCUCCUUCAAAAAGCUCCAACGGAGGAUUGUUGUUACAGAUUUCUCGAUCCAGUCUUACCGUAUAUACGAAACAUACUUCCAGCUUCAGUAGCUUGCGAGCUGCUUGAUAUUUUCCUUACUGAUCCCGGAAGCUCGUUGUUCCGCGGUGCCUCGCCAUACAUUCUCACUCGCAUAUUCCGCAGAAAGUCUAUUCUUCAUCCAACUAGCCCAAGACAUACCACUCCUGCUCUUCUGGCCACAAUUUUGUGGUGCGUUGCACAAACGGCGGAUGUUAUGCUUCUCCAUGUGCCUGGAACUCGGGCCAAGGUAGUGAAUGACUUGUACGACCUAGCCAUAUCGUUGGUUUCCGAGAGAGACCCUGACCGCUGGCAUCGAAUCCACGGUGGUUUGAGGGCCGAGAAAGAGGUCCCAAUUCCCGGAUGGGCCAACUCCGCGUCUGUUCCAACGACCACGGCAGCAAACGAACCGGCUGGGGGAGUGGACGAUGUUCUUACCUUUAUCCUGUUGUCUAUCGCUGUAUCAGGCGGCGAUUUCAAGUCUGAUUGUUACAAAUGGUGGUCGAAAGCUUUGAGACUGACUCUCUCCCUACAAUUAAACCGAGAGGACGAGAGGUGUCCGGCUUCAGUUUCGCCGUGUGCAAACCCUCUAUGUUCCUGCCAUAGGGAUCGCUCUGAUGCGACCUUUGCUGAAUUUGAGCGGCGGGAGGAACGACGGCGGGUGUUUUGGCUUCUCUACAGUCUCGACAGACAUUUGAGCCUGUCCUUCAACACAGUCCUUUCUAUGCCAGACUCAUAUUGUGAGGUAUAUGCUCCGCUUCCGGAACGUAUCUGGGAAAAUCUGGACGCCAUCCCGCCCCGGGAACUCCCUACGAGAGUCAUGGGUCCUCCGGUUCUUGCAACCGGAACUGGAUACCUUGAAUAUUUUCUUCCUCUCAUGGCAAUCCUUGGAGACAUUAUCGAAAUUCAUCAUCGACGUCGACACCCUCGACUUGGCCAACAAGACGAUGCAUACUCCAUAUCUGUUGUGCAACAUCUCUUGACUGACUACGAGUUCAGUCUUGGUGCAUUAGGCCGUGAUGCCGCUAUUGUGCCAGCAUCUACAGCAUUCCAAAUACCUGGACAAGGCGGACGAGACCUAUUGAGCGGCAUGCCAGCCCCCGGUUUUAAGAUGUCAUCGUCAUCCUCAUAUCAAGCGGACCAAUCCAAAGUUCGACUUGUUAUGGCUUAUAGCACCCACAUUUUACAUGUCCUUCACGUCCUUUUACAUGGCAAAUGGGAUGCGAUUUCCAUGUUAGACGGGGGUGAUGACUGGAUCACCUCAGAACACUUCACCGAAUGCGCAUCGCAUGCCAUUUCGGCAUCCCAGUCUGUUUCGACGAUUCUCACCAUUGAUCCUGAGCUCACCUUUAUGUCGUAUCUAUUUGGGAUUUACCUUCUUCAGGGUAGUUUCAUUCUGCUCCUCUUUGCAGAUCGGAUGCCGCAACUUGGUCCCAACGAGUCCGUGGAGCAAGCAUGCGAGAACAUCAUCCGAGCCCACGAAGUGUGUGUUGUUACAUUGAACACUGAGUUUCAGAAAAACUUUCGAAAAGUGGUGCGCUCCACGCUAUACAGCGUGCGAGGAACAGGUACUACCGACUGGGAGGAACAUCGGGCAAGGCGUAGAGCUUUAUCUCUCUACAGAUGGACAAAGGGUGCCAAAGGGUUGGCUCUGUAG